AUGGCUGUCGCCGCCGCCGAAUCCGCCAACAUGGACAAGCAGGUCGAUUUGUCUACGAUUCCCAUCUCUCCGAACGGAAAGGAAGAGUCUGAUGCUGUAGACUCGGGCAAGCCCGUCACCGUGUUCCACGACAAGGAUAACUUCAACGUCAAGCACCCGCUUCAGAACAAAUGGACACUGUGGUUCACCAAGCCCCCUAGCGGCAAGGGUGAUAAUUGGAAUGAUCUGCUCAAGGAGGUGAUCACGUUUGACUCUGUGGAAGAAUUUUGGGGUGUCUACAACAACGUGGCUGCCGUUUCGGAGCUCGCUCUCAAGUCCGACUACCACCUUUUCAAGGCCGGCGUGCGACCCGAGUGGGAAGACCCCCAGAACAAGCACGGUGGCAAGUGGUCUUACCAGUACAAGGAUAAGCGAAACAUAGAUGUCGACCGUCUUUGGCUGCAAGUUGUCAUGUCCGCUAUUGGCGAGACCCUCGAGGAGGAGGAAGAUGGUGAGGUCAUGGGCGUCGUUGUCAAUGUUCGCAAAGCCUUCUAUCGCAUUGGCGUUUGGACUCGUACUCUUGGCAAGAGCAUCCCCGGACGCGGAGACGGUGAUGUCGCCGGUGGAAAGGGCCGUUCGAAUGAAAAGGGCCGCGAUAUCGUCCUCAGCAUUGGUCGCCGUUUCAAGGAGGUUCUUGAACUUCCCAACAGCGAGCAGGUUGAAUUCUCUGGACACACGGACAGCGCUAACGCUGGUAGCACGAGAGCCAAGGCCAAGCAUACCAUUUAA